UUCUUGCUCAAGGACGUCAACAUGAACAGGCUUCCUGGAUGGGAUAAACAUUCUUAUGGGUACCACGGUGAUGAUGGGCACUCCUUCUGUUCCUCGGGGACAGGACAACCCUAUGGCCCUACGUUCACAACUGGAGAUGUCAUCGGUUGCUGUGUCAACCUCAUCAACAAUACCUGCUUCUACACAAAAAAUGGCCACAGUUUAGGUAUAGCCUUUACAGACCUCCCUUCAAAUCUGUACCCUACAGUGGGCCUCCAGACUCCAGGAGAGAUAGUGGAUGCCAACUUCGGGCAGCAGCCAUUUGUGUUUGACAUCGAGGACUACAUGAGGGAGUGGCGAGCAAAGAUUCAGAGCACCAUUAAGCGGUUUCCCAUAGGAGACAGGCUAGGCGAGUGGCAAGCCAUGCUGCAGAAUAUGGUUUCUUCAUAUUUGGUUCAUCAUGGGUACUGUUCAACAGCAACUGCCUUCGCCAGAGUCACAGACACUGCAAUCCAGGAAGAACAGACCUCAAUAAGGAACAGACAAAGAAUACAGAAGCUAGUAUUAGCAGGCCGAGUUGGAGAGGCUAUAGAAGCCACCCAGCAGCUCUACCCUGGCCUCCUAGAACAUAACCCCAACCUGCUCUUCAUGUUAAAGUGUCGGCAGUUUGUGGAGAUGGUGAAUGGGACAGACAGCGAAGUCCGUUGUUUCAGUGCACACAGCCCCAGAUCCCAGGACAGUUACCCUGGUUCCCCCAGCUUAAGUCCCAGACACGGAUCCAGCAACUCACAUGUUCAUAGUACUGGAGCAGAUAGUCCUACCUGUAGCAAUGGAGUCAUGUCCACAAAAAGCAAACAGAGCCACAGUAAAUACCCAACACUGAGUUCAUCUUCGUCAUCUUCCUCCUCCUCCUCCCCCUCAUCUGUGAACUACUCAGAGUCCAAUUCUACAGAUUCUACCAAAUCUCAGCAGCACAGUAGUACGAGUAACCAAGAAACCAGCGACAGCGAGAUGGAAAUGGAGGCUGAGCACUACCCCAAUGGAGUCCUGGAAAAUUCAUCCACCAGGAUAAUGAAUGGCACCUACAAACACGAAGAGAUCCUGCAGACAGAUGAAUCCAGCAUGGAAGACAGCUGUCCCCAGAGGCAGCUCUGUGGAGGGAACCACGCUGCCACCGAGCGAAUGAUCCAGUUUGGACGGGAGCUGCAGAUGCUGAGUGAACAGCUGUGCAGAGAAUACGGGAAGAAUACAGUGCACAAAAAGAUGCUUCAGGAUGCAUUUAGCUUGUUAGCUUACUCAGACCCUUGGAACUGCCCUGUUGGUCAACAGCUGGACCCAAUCCAGAGGGAACCUGUGUGUGCUGCUCUUAAUAGUGCUAUUUUGGAAUCUCAGAACCUGCCAAAGCAGCCCCCACUGAUGCUUGCCCUGGGCCAGGCCUCGGAGUGUUUGCGACUCAUGGCUCGUGUGGGCUUGGGCUCCUGUUCCUUUGCCAGAGUAGACGACUAUUUGCACUAGCCACCAGAGCAGGAUGGAGCUGACAUCGUCGAGUGCUGCCCUUCACCCUCCGUUGCUGCCACUACAACGCCACCUCGUCUGUAGCCUGAGCUCCCACCAACACCCCCUCUAGCACACACACACUGCCUGUGAAAGGAUCUGUUCCCUCACCAUGUGGCCAUUCCUGACCCAGGAGUGACUGGCAGACCUGACCUGUCUCCCCGCCACCGCUGCGGCUCCGGCGGCACUCAGUAUUUCGCUGGUUAUUCUAAUGUAGCGCCUUCCAAUGUAGGGAUUUCUCUUUGUUUUGAUUUGAGUUGUUUCUCAUGGAUCCACCAGUAUUUUAUCUGGAGAGUUUUGCUGAGCUGGUUUCUGCUGAUUUACGGAGGAAGCUCGUGAAGUUGGUGACGCCUUGUUCUCUUCUUCCCUCCCUCCUCCAUCCGUGCACAUGCAACAUCAUCUUCUGUGCUAGUUACCUGAACUCUUCUCGCAGUGGCAGUUCAGAGGGAUUAUUAUUUUUUUUUAAUUUUAUUUGAAUCCUGUUUAUUAAAAAGGUCUCUUCCACCUCCACAAAGUCAUUGAUGUAUUUAUUGCCCAGAGACUUGGGCCCAGCCACGCACUUCCCACAUCCCCGCAGUGAGGUGCAUCCUGUCCUAUGCUAACCAUGGGAAUUGGAUUUGGAGGAACUCAGUCUUUACUGUCUCUGUGAGUAGGAAACGUAGAAGAUUUGGCAUUGCCUUUGUCUGAGAAAUGGGUAAAUCUGGCAGCUAGAGAGACAGGGCUAACCAGUGUGAAGUCACCUGCUAUACUGAUGGAAGCAGAUGAUGGUAAGGAAGAGCUGUGGAUGCUGCCAAGUUGGGCUGUUUGUUUUUGUGCUGCAUCACAAAAUCCCUGUUUUUCUCCAUAUAGAAGGGCUCUGCUACUAGGACUCUAUACAGUAGUAUUUACUGAAUGAUCACUGCUACAUUCCAUUGUUUUGAGGUUACUGAAGUGUGCUCGUCCUUGCAGGGUGCAAAUGCUCAGAUCAGGUUGCAGGUUAGGAUCAGUGCUUUUUACCCAUUUAGGAAGGAAUGGCAAUGUUUCUUUGAGGAUUAGGAAUGCAAUUUUUAGUUCCAGGUCCGAAAGUGACCAUCAAGGAUCUGUGGGUGAGUAACCUCCAGGUAAGAUGGACGUGGUAAUGUGUCACUGCUGCGGUCCAGGGACUUUGAGUGUUGCUAAGGCUUUGGUAUUCAAACCAUCUGCCAGCAAGUGUUUCUAAGUGUAUUUUGUACUGGUGUACCAUGGGAGAAAGUAAGUCGGUGUCAGAACUCUGCUACUGAGCUGAGAGCUCUGAGAGUUCGCUGCAUUUACAGAUGUGAUUUGGAGUCAUCCCCAUCCCUGGAGGUGCCCAAGGCCAUGGGUGGGCUCUGAGCAGCCUAUGCUGGUGAGGCACCCAGCCCAGGGCAGGGAUUGGUGGGGAUAGGCUUUAAGGUCCAUUUCAACCCAACCAUGCAUGCUGUGUUUUGCUGCUGGAGCAUAAAGUUUGAAAUAAAGGCAGAGCAGGGGACCAGUGUGGCUUUCCCAUUUGGGUGAUUCCUGUGCUGUUGGCCAUCAUUUAGGUCAUGGCUGUCUCUUCCAUCUGUGCAGCAGCACCAUCUUUGUCUCCUUCUGAGUUUUGUGUUACUUCUUUUUGGGGUAGUUUUUGGUUCCUUUUAGUCAAACCUCUGUCAUGGCUCACGCUUGGUCUCCCAGUGAAGCUGUGCUGAGUGUCCGUGGUGGUGGCAGGGCUGGAUCACCUCCUGCCACUACUGUUGUGCAUCGUGCAGCCUAUCGCCGUGGUUUUAUGUAUAAAAGCUUCCUGGGCAUUGAGUUGUGGUUGCUCCUUCAUGGUUUGCAUUUUGGAACCUUGUUAUGAUAUCAGUGAGAGUUGAUGAUUGGGUUGUUGCAGUCAUUUAAAAAAAAAAAGAAGAAAUAAUGGAGGUCUUUAAUUUUGAGUAUGGCUACAACAUAAGUAGAGCCUUCACACAAGCUCAGAAAUGAUUUUUAAAAGUGUUUUGGGAUUUCUCAUUUCAAGUGCCUCAUGCUUUGCUGAGAAACAGAUGAAUGAGUGAGGGAGGCCUUAAGAACAGCCGGGCUAAGACUCAGCUUUGUCUGGGCUGCCCCUCAGUAUCACUUCUCCUGGGAGCGCAUUGGUAGAGCCAUAUGGGUGACUGUGUAGCCACUAGCAGGACCUGCUGGCAUCUCUUCUCCUGGGGAGGGUGGCCAGGUCUCAGCCCUGCCCCCAUAUGGUUAUACUGGACACAGGACCUCCAUCCCAUGAGGCUGGCUGGCAUGGAGCUUCUUCUGCUCACCGGUCAGGAUAAGUGGACACGGUGAAAAUCUCCUGAGCUGCAGCCCUGCAUACAUCAUGAGCUUUGUUUUGAGACCAGCGAAGUGGCCGUUUUUCUGAGAACUUCUGAGAAAUGGGGACCUGCAGGCUCUGGUGAGCACUCAGCUGCACUGACCUGAGCACCAGGGGAUGGAGGUCUGACUGAUGGAGAUGGUGACCAACACAAGAAUGGCCCCUUCCACAAGCAUUGCUUCUUGUGGUUGUGCACACCCAGAUUAUCCCUACCUGUUUUGUUGUUUUGUCAUAUUUUGAUUAUUUCUUUCUCACUGUGACGUUUUGCCUGUCCUCCAGCUGUGCCCUGAUCUGUCUCACAGUCUCAUGAAGACAUCAUUACCAUUCUUGAGCUUUGUUCCCGAGACUCCCUCGAACAACUGCCAACAACCAGAGCUGGUUUAAGCAGGCCUGGGGGAAUCAAAUUCACCAUUUCUCCCCCUGGGCAUGAGGCACAGGGAACAGUCUCCUUGUCAAAGCACACCUUGUUGGGUUGCUGUGGUGCUGCUGUGCUUUGUUACCAGUCUUAACACUCAGGUAACACCACAUUGCAGAGGCUGACAGAGGGUGUGUUGGGGCAUUGAGGGGUCAUGGCAGGUCUGGGGAGGAGAAGGGAGCAGCUGAGAGCCUCCUCUGAAGUAAGCCCCACCUGCUCCCCAUUGCCCUUCCUUGGAUUUGGAGAACAGGAGCUCCUUUAUCUCCAGGAGGAAGGGAGGCUUUACUCCUGCACACAAAGCAGUGGGAUGUGCACUCACAGAAACAUUCCUGGAGUCCAUGCAAAGCUCUGUUUGCAUGCUGAGUUCCCCUAUGGGCAUCCUGGGACUGCUGUAACACACAGACCCCUCGGUGCGGGUCUUUGGCCAUUUCCUUCCUCCAUCAGCACCAACGUGGAGAAAAGGAGAAGCCAGGGCAGAUUUGAGGAUAAUAAGGAUGUGCAAGAAAACGUUCAGCACAGAAGUGCAAUCACUCUUUCAGACAAAGGACAUCACAUAGGUGAACACUUCAUUGGGAUGCUCCCAUGCCGUGGCUCUCCAGCCAGGACCCAGCAAUGCCAGGCACGGAGCUGCCUGCAGCACAGUGAACUCAAAACUCAGGUAUGAACUGCUUGGCUGGAGAUGGGGAACGAGGGGCUGCAGUGGGGCUGCAGCAGAGCAGAUUGCCACGCUUGUCAGCACCAUUGGAGGGUUUCCUCCUCUCUGGCACAGCGUCAGCUACGUGGACGUUCCACACAUUGUGCACAUUGGUUCAGUCUAAGCGUAGUAGUUGUGAAUUAAGUUAUCUGAUGCUUCGCAUGAAAACUUAAAAAAAAA